GGAAAACCUUGGAAGUCGUGAGAAUCUGCAGUCCACCUGGAAAAUCAUGGAAGUCCAAAUCCUUCUCAUAAUUAUAAUCUAACACGGUGAUGACGAGCAGAAAUAGAGUCAGAUCCAAGUCAAAUUGUAAGUUCACUGUGGCCAAACACCCCUUGGCACCUCUGCUGGUGUUUCCACCACUGACCCAGACACAUCCAGAAUAGCACCAUGCUCCAUGUGAGAGAUGGACGAACCUUUAUGGUUCUGUUUGAUCGAUGCAGCAUCCAGGUUUUCCACGCAGCUGCUCUUUUUGCUCUGAUACACUCAUGCAGAGGUCAGUCAGAGGUUAUCGGUCCUCUUCAGCCAGUAGUGGCUUUGAUUGGUGAUGACAUCAUUUUGCCGUGUAACCUCGACCCUGUUAUGGAUGCUUUUGGUUUGGCUGUGGAGUGGGCGAGAGCUGACUUAGAUCCCCGAUUUGUCCUCCUGUCGCGGCAUGGUGUGGACCUGGAGUCUAAAAAACAUCCAUCCUACACCAGCAGAACGUCUCUGUUCACAGAUGAACUGAAGAAUGGAAACAUUUCACUGAAAAUCUCCAAAGUCAAACUGUCUGAUGAGGGAACGUACAGGUGUUUUGUUCCAGAGUUGGACAGAUACACUACAGUUCAGCUUGUUGUUGGUGCUGCCUCUUCACCUGCUGCAUGGAUUAACAGCACCAUCAGCAGCAGGGUGGUGUUACAGUGUGAGUCUGCAGGCUGGUAUCCAGAGCCUGAGCUGCUGUGGUUGGACGGUGAGGGAAACCUCCUCUCUGCUGGACCUACAGAGACCCUCAGAGGUCCUGAUGACCUCUAUACUGUCAGCAGCAGAGUGACUGUGGAGAAGAGACACAGCAACAACAUCACCUGCAGAGUCCAACAGAGGAACACCAACCAGAGCAGAGAGACACACAUACAUGUUCCAGACGAUUUCUUCAUUGUCAUCAGUCCUUCCAGUCCUCCCAGUAAUCCAACUAAUGACCCAAAUAUCAUUGCUGUGGUCAUCGGUGCUCUCGUUGUGCUCAUUCUGAUUCUUGCCGUUUCCUUUGUUGUCUGGAAGAAGAGACGAGCCAAAUGCAAAAAGAAGAAGAGUGAGGAGGACGGAGCUGAAAUUGGGUUAAAAGGAGAAAGUGAACCACUCAUGAGUGGAAAAGAAGAAGAUGAUGAUGUGGACAGAAGAGAAGCGCAAAUACAUGAAGAUAAAAGAGAAAUCAAACAAGAUCAGCUUGUUUUAGAAACAGAGCGAAUGAAGGACAUCAAGAGUCCACAAGAAGAAAGAAUAAAUCCAUCUAAUGACAGAGAGUCUUUGAUUACAAUAGAACAAGAAACACAUGAAGAACAGGACGUGACAGGAAGAGAAGAAGAGCAUGAUGUGGACAACAGUGGAGAGAAAAAGUUAAAUGAGGAAAGAGAAAUACAAAAAGGUGAUUAUGAGAAAGAAACGGAGCACAGGCAGGACACCAAGAGUCCAGAAGAGGAGAGGAUGAGUUUGUCUGUCAUCACUAAAAAAGAGCCUGAAUUGGAAAUGAAAGAAAAAACACCUGAACAGCAGAGCAGGAGAGGACGAGAAGAAGAGCAAAAUAUGAACAUGAGAGGAGAGCAGAGAAAUAAAGAUGAAAUACAUUUGAGAAGCACAGAUGAUGACAGGAUAAAUCAGGAUGUUAUGGCUGAAAAAGUGUCUCAGUCUACAACAGAACAACAAACAAAUGAAGUACAAGGAAGAGACGAAGAGGGCGAUGUGGACAACAGUGGAGAGAAAAAGAGGAAAAAGAAACAGAAGAAAAUGAUCAAGAAAAAAACCAAAAAGAAACAGAGCAAAGAACUGGAUGCCGACAGUUCAGGAACAAAAACAUCUGCUGUGGCUGAAACUGGGUCUCAGUUUGAAAUGAAACAAGAAACACGUGAAGAACAGAGCAGGAGAGGAAGAUAUGAAAUACAUAAUGUGGACAUCAGAGGAGAACAGAGAAAUGAAGAUGAAAUACAAACAGGCAGCACAGGUGAUGACAGGAUAAAUCAGUUUAUUAUGGCUGAAAAUGUGUCUCAGUCUACAGCAGAACAACAAACAAAUGAAGAGGAGAUGACAGGAAGAGGAAUAAAAGCCGAGGGAGCUGAAGGUGAAGGAGAGAAAAAGAAGGAAGCAGAAAAAGAUUGUAUAGAACUUUGUUUAGUACCACUUAGAGAAAAACUCAAAAAGUCGAUAGUGUUAGUAAAGGAAGGAAAGUCCUUACAGCUUAGUUCCUUUACGUCCUUGAUUUCAGAUGUAAAGUUUUUAACUUCACAUCUGAGCAGUGAUCAGGAACCACAGAGAGAAAAAGAGACACAACAAGAGCAGCUUGUAGAAAAAAGACAGAUGGAGAGAAAUGUGGACAUGAAAAAGUCAGACACUGAGAAAAAGAGAGCAGAGGAAAACAGAGAUGAUGGAAAUAAUCUAUAUUCUGUGUUUAUGGCACAGAAGGAGACACAGAGAGAAAAACUGGAGCCAGAACGACAGAGAGAGGAAAACCAGAGGGACAACAUGGGAAUGACAGAGAGGAAAACAGAGGAACAGAGGGGUCAGACAGAGAGCAGGAUUUCAUCAGUCAGCAGCAAAGUUCCACUGAAUACAGAUCUGAAAAUACAAGACAAAACACGAGGACAAAACCACGAGAAACAACCAGACGAAACAUCUCAACAGAGCCGAGAAGACAUCAGAGAGCAGCCAGAGAAACUGAGAGGAGCAGAGAGGAAAGAAAGAGCUCAGGGAAAGGAGCUGGAGGUUAAUGAAGGGCUCACAUAUGAGGAAACAAACAGGAAGGACAAGAAGAGACAAAAACUACAACUCCCACAUGAAGGAGAGCUGCAGGCAGAGCGACAAGUGAACGUAAAUGAAAAAGAGCAGCUGGAGGAAUCUGUCAGUCUCACAGAGAGAGGAGUCGUCUGUCUGCAAGAAAAACAGGAGGAGGAGCUGAUGGAGACUGAUCAACCAUGUGAUGUUGAUCGACUCAACAUCCAGAGUAGAGAAAACACACACAAGAAAUAAAACCACAGGAGGUCUGCACAUUACCAGUCAAGAAAGAGGAAAUUCAAGAAGGGCAUCAUCAAAAUUUGCAAAAGGUACAAAAGUACGAGAACAAACAAAAUGAUGAGUUUAUGGAGGUUGAUGAUUUUGCUCACAAUCAAAAUGCAGCAACAGCA